UCUUAUCGAUGCUAGUAUGUGCGCAUGCACAUGUGCAACGGUUUCGUUUGUAUGUUGCAGGCUCUCGCGGUCGGUGCGCGACGCAUCGCGAUGUCCGUCGUGACGAGGAAGCCGGAGGUGAUGUUUAUUUUGGGCGGCCCGGGCGCCGGCAAAGGUACUCUCUGCCGCUACAUUGUUGAGCGAUACGGUUAUGUUCACUUGUCCGCCGGCGACCUACUGCGAGAGGAACGCGCCAAACCAGGUUCGCAGUAUGGUGAGCUGAUCGAAACUCAUAUAAAAAAUGGCACAAUCGUGCCGGUGGAGAUCACUUGUAGCCUUCUGGACCGUGCUAUGCGCGUCUCCGACAACCCGCAUUAUCGUUUUCUCAUCGAUGGCUUCCCCAGGAAUCGGGAUAAUCUUGACGGAUGGAACAAGGUAAUGGCCGACAAGGUUAUUCUGAAAGGCGUAAUAUUCUGCGAAUGCAGUCAGGAAGUCUGUACUCAGCGUUGCUUGAAGCGUGGUGCGGGAGGAAGCGGUCGCAGUGAUGACAAUGAACAGUCAUUGGUCUUUCGUCAUCAGACUUAUCUACAAAAUACAAUACCGAUAGUAGUUUUGUAUGAACAACAAGGCUUAGUUUUCAAAGUUGAUUCUAUGAGACCACCGGAACAAGUGUUUCAGGAUGUUGCCGAGUUCCUUCCUAAGAUUGGCUGGUAAUAACGACGGCUCUAAUGCUUCUCUAAGAUAAUAUUAUCAAUAUUAUACACUGGUAUCUUAAUUCCGACAUAAAUAUUUCUGUUAAGGACACCUAUAUUUGGUAGGACCUGACAUUUUAACUGGGUAGAAAGAUUUUGUCUAGCUUUAUUUAUAGAAUUUUUCUACACGACACAGCGCGUAUACACUGGAUGAACAUUCUUUCAAAUAUAUAAUAAUACAAGUGCAUUAGUCCGGUAUCACCUGGAAUGUUGUAAAUAUCUUCUGCCAGUACUGCUAUAUAUAAAUCACUACUCUAAAUCCUAAUCUAAUCCUUUGAUACAAUGUUACAUAUAAUAACACGUUGGUUUUACACGCCUUAUAUAUUUAUAAGACAGCUGAAUAAGAAAAUAGCGUUUGCUAGGAACAACAUUGACGUGAAAAGAGAUGGGAGAGAAAAUCGGAGCAAAUAUGUAUUUUUAAUUAACAUGUAUUUUUAAUGUAAUUUUCAUGUAUUUUUAAUUAACAU